AUGUCGGAUACCGCGGAGUCCAGUAUUCACACGGACGGGGAUCCAUAUAGGCAAAGCUCAUCUCCCGGAUCAUCCGCCCCACACGUUCAGAACGUCCAGAAUGCCCAGGAUGCCACCAAGGUGACGCGGGGUACAUCUUGUGUCUUGUGCCAGCAGAGGAAAGUCCGGUGUGAUAAAGCCAAGCCGUGUUCAAACUGUGUAAAAGCUGGUGUCGAAUGCCGGGUGAUACCUCCCCAACCGCCAAGGCGACGAAAGAAGCGUAUCUCUGAGAGGGACCUUGUCGCCCGCUUAAGGAAAUAUGAGGCUCUCCUCGCACAGCAUGGCAUCGAGUUUGAGGCCCUUGGCCCGGACAUAAAGAUUACGGACCCUGGGACUGUCCACGAAGGCGAUGAGUUGGAUACUGAUUUCAGGCAAAAAGACUCGACUUUGGGGUCUCUCAAUUCUGAGCUGAUAUCGUCGCCGGGAGAGAAUCCUCACGUACCAAAAACGUUCAAGUGGUUUCCCUUCCAGAAAGAGUUCCGCGCGACGGAGAGUAUGCUGCAAGACUCUUCCGACGAAGACGAUGUAGGAUCUGGUAUCAACAAAGCUUACGACAAGAUGUUCCAAAAUUCUGAUGGGUUUCCUUUCGUCGUAGGAGGAGGCGUUGAAAGCGUCGCUGACCAGCACCCACCUGCCAUUCAAAUCAUCCAAUUAUGGCAGAUAUAUCUCAACAACGUGAAUCCCUUACUCAAGUUGACACACACUCCAACGUUGCAAGAACGCAUUAUCGAGGCCACGGCGAACAUCAACAAGAUAUCUAAGAGUCUCGAAGCUCUGAUGUUUGCCAUUUACUUCAUGGCAGUGACAUCUUUGACCGAUGAAGAGGCACAGCUCACAUUCAACGAAGAGAAACACGAGCUCUUGCAACGGUAUUAUAUGGCUUGCCAGCAAGCUUUAAUCAACGGAGGAUUCAUGAGAAGCCCAGACUUGACUCUCUUGCAAGCGUUCUUGUUAUAUUUAAUGGGCAUCCGACACUAUAUGGAUCCACGAACGCUCUUCUGUCUCACUGGUAUCGCUGUUCGACUAGCUUACCGAUUGGGCAUCCACCGUGACGGUGCUGGCUUUAGCCUCGCCCCCUUCGAAGUGGAGGAAAGGAGAAGGUUAUGGUGGACGCUCGUCAGCUUCGAUCGACGUAUAGGAGAGAUGACCGGGUCGACCAUUACCGCCAUCUCCAACGGAGGUGACUGCAAACUUCCUCUCAACAUAAACGACGCCGAUCUCCAUCUGCACGCCAAAGAGACCCCAAAUGCGCACAUUGGCGCCACCGAAAUGGUGUUCUCACUUACCAGGCUCGAGUUUGCAAAAGCGCCGGGAAGCGAUAAGAUGAAGUCUGUGCUGUCUGAAACUGCACCGCAAGUGCCGAACGUAGCGGACCACCGCAUGGUCAGCUACAUUGAGCGCCUUGUAACACAUCUUGAGGACAUUUACCUUAAGCAUUGUGAUCCUAAGAUUCCACUUCAUUACUUCGCUUUGUUGAUGACGAGAGCGAGCAUCUGUAAAUUAAGGGUAAUCUCGGGAUUCUAUAAAAUCGCGACCACAGCCCCUCAACCACUUAAUCCUUCAGAUAACGAGCAGCUCUUCAUCGAAUCCAUCAAGAUGAUCGAGUAUGAUACCAUGAUUCAGAGCAAUCCUGGUCUGAAGGGUUUCAAAUGGUAUACUCUGAUGCAUUUCCCGUUUCCAGCAUAUGUUGCUCUUGUCAAAGACUUGCGCACCCGAACAUCUGGAGAACUCUGCGAACGAGCUUGGAAUGCAAUGAUUGAACACCACGAUAGCAGGGGCAUUACGAGUAGCAACAUGCGCAGCCCAAUGCACCUGGCGUUCACACCUUUGUUCCUGAAGGCGUGGAACGCUCGUGAAGCAUACGAAGCGUCACAAGGAAGAACUUUGACAGCACCGGCGAUGAUUAUUGGUAUGAGGCAACUGGCUGCUCGUUUAGGACUAAAGGAGAACAGCAAAUCUCCGGAACCCAUGACACCAGCAGUCAUGUCACCAAGAAGCUUCUCCAGCCCUGAGGCUCAGUUGAACACCGACGCUCAGCUCAACACUCAAGAACCGAACAUGCAAGCGUACCCGGCAACAACCGCAGCGUGGACCGGUGCACCAGCCAUGGGCAUGAACCCAGCUCCCCAGUAUGCUGGUGCUUUCGCGGAUAUCAACUUUGGUGGCGAGGUGGAUUGGAAUUUUCUCUUCCAACAAUACAGCGGUGUUCAGAUGGGCCCGCCACCCAAUCAGCCACCGCCUGUUCCCAUGCCCGUUGCUACAAAUAAUGGCAUGUUCUCGGUCUGGCGAUGA